CGGGUUGCCAGACGACACCACUCAACCAAGCCAGCCAGCCGUCGUCACUCACGCCGCCACCAGCCAGCCGUCGCCACUCACGCCGCCACCAGCCAGCCGUCGCCACUCACGCCGCCACCAGCCAGCCGUCGUCACUCACGCCGCCACCAGCCAGCCGUCGCCACUCACGCCGCCACCAGCCAGCCGUCGCCACUCACGCCGCCACCAGCCAGCCGUCGUCACUCACGCCGCCACCAGCCAGCCGUCGUCACUCACGCCGCCACCAGUCAGCCGUCGUCACUCACGCCGCCACCAGCCAGCCGUCGUCACUCACGCCGCCACCAGCCAGCCGUCGUCACUCACGCCGCCACCAGCCAGCCGUCGUCACUCACGCCGCCACCAGCAGCCGUCGUCACUCACGCCGCCACCAGCCAGCCGUCGUCACUCACGCCGCCACCAGCCAGCCGUCGUCACUCACGCCGCCACCAGCGAGCCGUCGUCACUCACGCCGCCACCAGCCAGCCGUCGUCACUCACGCCGCCACCAGCCAGCCGUCGUCACUCACGCCGCCACCAGCCAGCCGUCGCCACUCACGCCGCCACCAGCCAGCCGUCGUCACUCACGCCGCCACCAGCCAGCUGUCGUCACUCACGCCGCCACCAGCCAGCCGUCGUCACUCACGCCGCCACCAGCCAGCCGUCGUCACUCACGCCGCCACCAGCCAGCCGUCGUCACUCACGCCGCCACCAGCCAGCCGUCGUCACUCACGCCGCCACCAGCCAGCCGUCGUCACUCACGCCGCCACCAGCCAGCCGUCGUCACUCACGCCGCCACCAGCCAGCCGUCGUCACUCACGCCGCCACCAGCAGCCGUCGUCACUCACGCCACCACCAGCCAGCCGUCGCCACUCACGCCGCCACCAGCCAGCCGUCGUCACUCACGACGCCACCAGCCAGCCGUCGUCACUCACGCUGCCACCAGCCAGCCGUCGUCACUCACGCCGCCACCAGCCAGCCGUCGCCACUCACGCCGCCACCAGCCAGCCGUCGCCACUCAUGCCGCCACCAGCCAGCCAUCGUCACUCACGCCGCCACCAGCCAGCCGUCGUCACUCACGCCGCCACCAGCCAGCCGUCGCCACUCACGCCGCCACCAGCCACCCCUGACAGCACUGUUGUAGCUCUGAUACACUUCGCCACGGAACUCUCAGGGACAGACCUCAAACGACGGUACAGAAUACUGAAUGACCUGUACAAGGUGAACAAACUUCCGACCUUUGUGAUACCAGAGGCAAUGUUUACCGACCGCUCUACUCAACCAGAGGCCGACCCUACACCUGCAGCACCUGUCAACCCGGACCCGGCAAGCACCAGCACUUCGGCAGCUUCCCCACCGAUCAUAACACCUGUCACCGAACCUGCAAGUCAACCACCACCACCAGUCACACAAAUGACUGACCCAGUCCUGACGACAGCAAAGGAACCUGAAGAAAUUGAUAGACCAGCAACCCCGAAAUUUCUCAACCCCUACGUGACCAAAGGGAAAUUAUUCAACCCCUAUGUGUCCCUCAAGAUGGCUACGUGA